UCUCGCUAGCCGGUUGUCAGUCUCAAACCGGUUUAGCUGUGACAGUGACCAGUGACUUGUGUUUAGUGUUUUGUUUCCAUGGAUUGUACUGUUUUGGAAAUGGAAGACAAGCCUUACAGUGUUGAUAGUUCCGACGAUAUCAAUAUCGAGGAAGAAGAGGACGAACAUAUUGAAGAAAGUCAUAGUUACCCACCAGACUUCCCAAUCGAAGCAUUAGUGAAGUUAGAACGUCCAUCACCUCCGUUACCUACACCACCACACACACCUACCGACGAAACGCCUCCUGCCGUUGUCGUAUCCCGACACCAACCCGCCUGGUCCCAACAGUAUCCUCAAAACAGACCGAUGCAAACCCCGUAUCCUUACGACAAACAAGCUCCAAAUUAUUCAUACCCCGGCGUGCCCUUCGUUCAACCGCAAGUCGCGUCACUACCACCGUCGGCACCUUACCACGCUAUGUUAGUCAACCAGUGGAUUAGAAACGCCGCGUUAUACCACCACUCAUUGAGAUAUCCUUCAAUGGCGCAAAGAAUGCCAGGCAGGAAUCCGCCGCCGCUACGAGCGCCAGGCGUUCCUGGAGCAAGACCGAAGAAGCAAUUCAUUUGCAAAUAUUGCAAUCGCCAGUUCACAAAGUCCUACAAUUUGCUCAUCCAUGAAAGAACACACACUGACGAAAGGCCGUACUCGUGUGACAUAUGCGGCAAGGCCUUCAGAAGACAAGACCAUCUCAGAGAUCACAGGUAUAUUCAUUCAAAGGAGAAGCCGUUUAAGUGUACGGAGUGCGGGAAAGGUUUCUGCCAAUCGCGAACAUUGGCGGUACAUAAAAUCUUACACAUGGAAGAAUCUCCCCAUAAAUGUCCCGUUUGUAACAAGAGUUUUAACCAAAGAUCAAACUUGAAGACUCACUUGCUGACGCACAGCGAGGCGAACAAGCAUCAUUUGGAACAUUUGGAAGGCUGUCAGGAGGUUUCAUCAACAAGCCAAGUAUCGGAUAGCCCUCUGCUUGACCUCUCGCGCAAACCGUCUCCUCCACCUCAGAAUUACCAGCACAAACUUCCGGUAUCGCCUGUCGAGGUGCCGAAGAGACCGUUAGGAUUUUCAAUAGAAGAUAUAAUGAAACGAUAGACACUAUUAGAUUAUUAUAGAUUUAGUUGAAUCUAAAGUUAUGAUAGCAGGAAAUAUUGAGAGCGUUCCGAAAUCUGGUAUUAAGCUCGUUACUAAAUAACUAAUACAUUGUUUCCAACGUUUUUCAUUUAACGUAUAGUAAUGGCUUAGGCCGCUAAGUAACUAACUACUUUUAAUAAUUUAACCAAAGAUAUAUCUCGUUUUUUUUUUGUAUUAAUUAAUUUCUGCUAUAAUUUUUCUAACGUCUAGUGUUUCAAUUAACGUUUCGAUUUAACAUUCGUACAUUAAUAUUAUCGUAGAUCGUAAUAACUUGAUCUUCUUAUAAAGACUGAAGUUGUUUUAUUGCUGUUAUGUUUCAUAGAUAUUUAUUUAUUGUGAUAGUAUUUUCAAGAUUAGUUUAGUGGUCAACUAAAGUUACCAAAAAGUAUUACCUAUGUAUUCAUUUACUUAAUGGCUAUGACGUCUAAAAUUAUGUUCAAAGUAAUUCAAUUGUACCUAUUCUAGGAAUAUAUAGAUGUAGCUAGCUUAAAUUAUCUGUUAUAUGUAAAUAUCUAUCGUUCCUUAAUUGUAAAUAUUGUAUUUAAGAUUUAGUUGUAAGUCGACGAGGCUAUCGGUAAACGAAAUAUAAAGAAGAUAAUUUAAAUAUAUAUAUAA